CCGCCCCGCCGCCCAGCGCUCUCCUGGGCAGUCAAGAUCAAGAAGAAGCUGAAGCCUGUGGCUCCGUUUCUGGGGAAGUUCAGGCCCACGGUGGGGCAGUGCUGCCACCAGUGUGCCCCCAGGAGCCUGGGCUGGAAGCUGCUGAAGACGUCUCCCUCUCUGGGCUUCCAGGACCUGCUGGCCGUCAACGAGACCCACACCAGGUACCGGGGCUGGCUGGUUCGGAGAGUGUGCUGUGUGCUGUUUGUGGGGGGACGCAGGGUGUACCCCAGUCCUGCCUCCGACAGGGCGGACCGGGUCUGCUCCAGCGCCAGGGUGCAGAGAGCCGCGGCUGCCGGGCGGUUUGAGCAGCGCGGCCCGCAGCACCUGGCACUGACCACCAGGGGGCGGGCCGCUCACGUCCUGCCCGUCAUUGACACCUGCAUCUCACCGAUCCUCCUCCGGGUGUGCAGCUGGGUGUUGCUGAGGCUCUUGGGGUCUGUGUUCUGCAGUGUGCAGGUCAACCUCUCCCAGCUGGCUGCUCUUCACAAAGCCUCCGAGAUGGAGGCCCCCCUGGUGUUCGUCUCCGUGCAGCAGUGUGGUCUGGACUACGCGCUGCUCCCUCUGGUGCUCCUCUGCCACAACCUGAGGGUCCCGUACACCAUCUGCCCCCCUCUGGAUGGGUGGCUCAGGUCUGUCCUGCAGAGGCUUGGUGUGAUACUGCGCCCCGGCUCCUCGGGCACGGAACAGGACCCUGAGGAGGACCGCCUCUACGGCCCCCUCAUGACUUCUGGGCGUGGCCUGGCCUUUCUGCAGUACGUGCUGUCCCUGCUCAGGGGCGGUCAGAGAGGAAGCGUCAGGAUCCAUUUCGCGCAGGCCUUCUCACUAAAGGAGAUGUGUGACACAGGGAGGUGUCGUGUGGACGGAGCACGCCCCUUACAGGAACUCCUGCUCCCUGCGAUACUCAAAAACAGGUCUGAUGCGGUAUAUGGGCAGAAAUCUGUGUCCUGGGUCCUAGCGCCCCCCCACUGCCCUGAGCUGCCCCACCCAGAGAGACAGUUCUGCACCGCCCUCGUUCAGCACCUGCUGCACUCCACCACUUCCUGCGCCGCUGUGAUGUCCACCGGCCUGGUGUCCUGCCUGCUGCUGCACAAACACCGCAGGGGGGUGCGCCUGUCUGAGCUCUGCCGGGACUCCUCUUGGCUCCUGGAGGAGGUGCUGUUCCGGAACCGGGACGUGGGUUUCGGCGGCUCCCUGUGGAGCGUAGUGCACCACGCCCUGUCCCUGCUGAGGCCCAGCCUGGUGAUGGCUCAGCUGCCCCCCGGGCGGGAGCCCCUCAUCGCCCCCCGCCCCUGCCCCGCUGCCCUGCUGAGCCUGGCCCGGCACUGCGACAUCCUCACACACGCCUUCAUACUGGAGGCUGUCGGAGCGUGUGCAGUGUCGUCCAUGCUGAGCGAGGUGGCACACUGCGGGGGAGGAGGAGGAGGAGAGAUGGAGUUUGAUGUGGCUCUGUGCCAGGAGGAGCUGACUGAGAAAGCUCUGCAGCUCUGCUACUUACUCCCCUUAGGGCACCAUCCUCCGUGCCAGUCUCCCCUCAGCUUCGCGCUGGAUGCAGUGGACAGCCUGGUGCGGUGUGGCAUCCUGGUGAUGGAGGAGCUGCCCAGGGACCGCCCUGUGUGUGACUUCUUGAGGACACAAGGCACCCUGAGGUGGAGCGCGACGGAUGAGCAGGACCACAGCGACUCGGACUGUGAGGAGCAGGACACACGCCGCUACAGGCUCAGCCAGCCCAGCCAGUGCCCCGACCUGCUCCUCUUCCUGUGCAGUAUGCUGAGCGUCCAGCUGAGGGCGCUGUCCUGGGCCAUCGAGGGCCUGCAGACCAUCCGCACGCCUGUGCCAGAGUCCGAGUGUGUGUCCCAGGUCCACGCUCGCCUGUGUGACAGAGCCAGACAGGACCGCCAGCGUUUCGAGAGCUCGUCGGUGGAAGUGGCGAGGGAGGCGGUUCGUACCCUGACUGAUCUGGGGGUGAGUGAAACCCACGGCAAUACCACGGUGCUGGAGGAGGUGGUUGAGAAAGACAGCAUUGCCCUCGGCAUCAGUCCCCUGUUCCAGCAGGCCGCGAACAGGGACAAACUGCACAAGUUCAUCUGCCAGUUCCUCUGCAGUUAGCCUGUCAGCAACACCAUCCAGCCUGGCUGUGUAAUUACGUUAAUGCGCUGUGCGAAGGGCGGGUUUUUCGGGCUUAAAAUACACGAACCGCGCUACUCUUCUGUUUGACUCGCGUGGCCCUUGUUUAAUAAUAGUGUGUGUGUGCGUGUGUUAGUGGGAUGACUCAGAGCCCACUCGCUCCUCAGGAGUGGGGGCCAUUUCGUGCGUUAAGAGAUACCAGCUGCAUUGGUGUACAGUGUUAAGCAGCUUCCAAAUUGGUGGCACAAUAUUUUUUUUUUCCUUCAUGUUCACAGUUCCUUCAUGUGCCUUGAGUAUUUCCGUUAAUUGGAUGGUUCGGAGCUGUUUAAAGCCUGCUUUUGAUUUGCUGCGCUUUAAAGUGGUAUGGCUCGUAAUCAAUGAUUACUUUCUUGUAAAUUAGUUUGCGUGGGUUGCGUUUGAAAAGUGUUAUCGCCAGACUCAAGAACGAAAGCAACUAUAAAAAGGUAGAGUCUCUUAUUUGCGUUGCAGUAAUUUCUAUUUCACUUAAUGGAGGCUUUUUUGUGUGAUUGUAUAGCCCUGUUGUGUUUUCCUCUCAAUAAAUACGCCAUUGCCUCCCCGGAAA